GUUGUGACGUAUGACCUACGUARUUCCUUUUCCCCGCCUUUGAUCUUUGAUCGCUCGUCGGAUGAAAACUAGUCUCGCAACAGCUGUAGUAGAAAAGAAAAAUUAUAUACGGUCAGACCAAACGUAAUGGGUUUCUCUACUYCAAACAUCCUGAGAUCAAAUUUGUUUGAGUUAAAUUUUCUUCAUAAACGUUGCUAGGUAAGAAAAUGGAUAGCGUUCAAGGGGGUUUGACGUAUAGCGCUGAGAUAUGGUGAGUUAGAUGCAUAUGACAAAAAGCAGCCGGACAUUCAAGCCUGAGCACCGGUCUCGARAAGAGCUGCAURAAUGCCGCUCGAGAUGAAUUCAACCGCAAACGCCUCAAGAACGACGAUUUCCGAUCAUGAUAAAGUUGUCUGGUACUGGUCCGUGAGAGCAUUCAUAGCARUUCUUACCGUCCUGGGAAAUACAUUUGUAAUGAUCCUGAUCGCAAGAACCCAUAGACUGAGAGUAAUUCCAAAUGCGUUCAUCUUUGCUCUGGCGUUGACGGACACGCUAGUCGGCGCGGUGAUUACCCCGGCUGAUUUCGCCUGCACAUUUUGGCAUCCACAUUCUUGUGACAUCCCAAAACUUCGGUUCACCUUCGAUAUCCUCAUCAACUUGUCCGUUACAAGUMUUUGUGCUUUGACUUUUGAUCGGUAUAUGGCGGUUGUGAAGCCACUGAAGUAUCAGWCCUUUAUGACAAAAACUAGGGUUGCCCAAAUCCUCUCGAUUUCWUGGAUUUUUGGUGUAACAUUACCCAUCGCUGGAUACACUUGCUUCUUGGAGAAGAACAGACUAGGAGUCGACAUUUCCAGGAUAUUGAAUACGAUUUUUCUUCAAAUUCUGCCUCCAGUACUCUUGGCAAUAGCUUAUAUCGUGAUGGUCUGCAUAGCGAAGAAGCAUGACAAGUUAGAGCGGAUACAGCAAAAACAGCUUAAUUAUAACUAUGGCAACGUUACGCUACGAGAGAGCAAAGAAAGAGCUUCUGUAAAGAUGAUAGGAGCUGUCAUUGUGGCUUUUAUUCUUUGCUACAUGCUAGCGAUCUUUCGGUCAUUGUAUUUCUAUGUCAUGAACAGACAGAUUCCUGUUAUAGUAACACAAUUGUCAAGGAUUUUGUUACUCACUAGCUCAUCUGUCAACUUUGUAGUUUAUGCGUUUCUAAAGAAAGAUUUCAGGCAAGAACUUAGGCRGAUACUCAAGAAAUGCAAACAGAACCUGGCAGAGAUGAUAUAGGAUGGAAAUCAAGAGAAUCCUACCYAUAUAGCCUUGUAACCAUCAUGUGCACAGUUUGAUGCUAUUUUUAGCUUGGAGAUAUUUGAGCGAAGAACCUGAUUGGUUGAUUUCUUGAGGGUAGGCGGCUUCUAGUCUURCAGUAAAYAAAARCCUGUGYUUUUGUCGCUUUUCGUGUCCMAAAACGAGGCAUUAAAGGAAGCAUGAUUAWCGCGCGRGCAUGKUAAYGWGYUAAAAAUAGCAUCAAUGAUUCUAAAAAUAGCAUCAAAGUGUGCACWUGAUGGGGCACGGGGAUUCUUUCUCUUAGUUCAUUUUCUCUUGAUGGAAAUAUAAUCCUAUUCCUUAGGCUAAUGUUUUCUCAUUCAAAACCACCUUCUUUAGCACUUACAUUCAUUCUGACAUUACAAGAGUUAUUGCUACAAGAAAGAAAUAAUACUAAAGGAAAUACUACCUUUUAACCCGAGAACAAAAAAGUGCACAUCGCCGCGGAAAACUGUAUUUAUCGCCUUAUAAUUCUAUUUAAUACGCACGUUCACUCACCCUUUGCAUUCGUAACAAGGGCAAUAAUUAUAGCCGUAUAUAAAUAGUUUACAUAAACAUCAWUUUUAUAUGACUUGUUAAUUAUAUUUAUGCAUUGAUUGGGAUAUUGAUAAAUUUYGUAAAAAGCCGGUCGUAGAUAGUCUGGAACCAAACAGUGAGUUCAUGCUUUAUUUAAUUAAUAUAAGCAUCAUUAAUAUGUGACUUGUACAAUAUAUUUAUGUGAUUAAUUGAGACAUUGAGCUUCAUGAAAGGACCAUAGACAUAUCAGUCUGAAAGUA